CCGCCCCCGGUGCCGGUGCCGGUGCCGCCGCUCAGUGCCGGCCCCGCGGGGCGCCCGCGGUCCUCCGGGCGGGGCGAGCGGCGGACGCGGCUGGGGCUGAGCAGGCAUCUACAGUGCUGCAUAGUGAGUCUGCCACCUGAAAGCAGCCAGUGGAAAAACAGAUUUUGUGUGUAUAUAUUCCCUUUUGAAGAGAACAUGCUCUUGUAAGGAGACAGAACAGUUCCUUUUUAAGGUGAGCUUACAGGAAUGACAAUUGAAGUUACCUUCUCUGCUUUACUGGAAGAUGAUGGCUUAGAGCAGGUAAUCCUGGUGUGAUCUUUCAGAUGCAGAAGAUCAAAGAGAAAAAGCAGUUGAGGAGAUUAAUAGAGGUCAGGAUGGCCACCUCAGCCCUGGAGUACCAGCUGCAGAGUGCCCAGAAGAACCUGCUCUUCCUGCAGCGGGAGCACGCCAACACCCUGAAGGGGCUGCACGCGGAGCUGCGCCGGCUGCAGCAGCGCUGCACAGAUUUAACCUAUGAGCUGACUGUAAAGAGUUCAGACUCGUCAGACAGUGGUGGUUCACGAAGUGAUGACCUCAAAAGUAAGUGCAAGGAUCUUGAAGCUCAGCUGAAAAUCAAAGAGGCUGAAAAUAGUGAAUUGUUGAAAGAACUUGAACAAAAGAACGCAAUGAUAAUGGUGCUGGAAAAUACUAUUAAAGAAAGAGAAAAGAAGUAUUUGGAAGAGUUAAAAAUGAAAAGCCAUAAGCUCAAUAUGUUGUCCAGUGAACUGGAGCAGAGAGCGAGCACGAUUGCCUAUCUGACCUCUCAGCUGCAUGCGGCCAAGAAGAAGCUGCUGAGUGCCAGCGGAACUGCGGAGGGGACCCCGUCCGGCAGCCCCGUGCUGUCCGGGUACAAACCGUCCCCUCCCAAGGACAAACUGCCCGAGACGCCGCGGCGCCGCAUGAAGAAGAGCCUGUCCACCCCGCUGAACCCCGAGUUCGAAGAGGCCUACAGAAUAGGCUCGGAGAGCAGGAAGCUGGUGCUGCGGGAGCCCGUGGAUGCCAUGCCCGAUCCCACGCCCUUCCUGCUGGCCAGGGAAACGGCCGAGGUGCAUCUGAUCAAGGAGCGGCCGCUGGUGAUCCCGCCCAUCCCCUCGGAUCGCGCGCCCGGCGAGUCGCAGAGCCCCGGCCGCGAGAAGCCGCACAAGGCGCACGUGGGGGUGGCUCACCGCAUCCACCACGCCGCGCCCGCCCCGCCGCAGGACGUGGAGACCCUGGCCGUGGAUCAGGUGCACGGGAGCAAAGUGGUCAGAAAGCACUCGGGGACAGACAGAACUGUCUGAGCACACCACGGAAGCGCUGUUCUGUGCUGGUUAUGCACUGUGAGCCUGUAGGGUAAAUAGCACCUGCGGUGAAGUUUCUUUUGAUGCCCCAUGCAUGCCAAACUCCUCCCGGGUACAUCAUUAAUACAUUUUGCUCUAACGAAACCUCCUAGGACUGUGUUCAUAUGGCAAGGUAUUUAACCACUUCAUGGCCAAAUCAGGGGGACCUGACCGCUUGCUUCCAAGUGCUGCUCCGUUUGUGUAACUGCACGUGUGGGCAGAGGCACGGGGCUGUGUCAGUGAGCGCUCCCUGAGAGAACACCCCUCCCUCACACUGCAGCACACGUGUUGGCUGCUACCAUUUGACCUGGCAGGGGUUCUCUUGUCUCCAGGUGUGUGUGAGCACUCCAGAGCCAUCACUGACCUCUGCCACAGCCGCUCUCGCAGCAGCACUCAGAGUUGGGCACGUGUACGUUCACUUUAAUGACCUAAGGACGUCCCCAGAGUCCCAGCAAUCACUACUUGAUUAAUCCUAAAUACUUAGGUUUGUGGCUUUAAGUAAAAUAUGGGUGGGGGAAGCACCAUUUAAAGGGUUAAGGACCCUCAUAAGUAAAGUAUAAACACUGGGUUACUUGUGGGGAUUGUUUUGGGUUUUUUUAAUCAAAUGGCUUCAUGACACAUUUUAUGCUAGUCAGUACACUGCACUUGUAGCACCUUCCAUACUGGCUCAGAGCUCCUUUUCCAGUGAGGAAAUGUAACUGGCUAUCCAAUAUGGAAAUGGUUCUUUAUGCUCUAACCUGCACUUUUUUUGUAAAGGGAUACUUUUUUUUUUUUUUUUUCCCCAAAAAUCCUAGUCUUGUUCUGGGCAUCAUCAGACAGUGCUGGCUGCUGCCAGCGUAGAAACAUGAGCUGCCCCUCUAAAAUGUGAGUAUUUUUUUUAAGUGAUGUAACCAAUUCAUACAGGAGAACCUGGCAUCCUUGAUUUCUGUCCUUGUGGAUUGGGAUGGACUUGCCUUGCACUUGACCAGAUUCCCCUACUCCUAAGCAGCAGGUAGACCCAACAGCUGUUAGACUACUUGAUUCUUUUUUUUAUUAUUUUUUUCUAGGAAAGAAAGGCAUACUGGGAGCUGGGAGGGUGUGUAGUUUUUGAGACAGGAGCACGAGUUUGUCCAUUUUUCUUACAUUCAGUUCACUCUGCUUCACUCUUGUCUGCAGCCUCUGAGUAGGACCAGCAAGAAACACUGGCUCCCAAAUGCUGCUAAGCUUAUGAUGUGCCUUUAAAAAUUUGGAACAUGUAUUCUCUGUGACAGCUGAUGAAGGAUCCCUGCCUGCCCUGUCCCCUCCCCUCGCCAGCUGUAGUUUGCCCCUCGUAAGCUUUUUCUGCAGCUGUGUUGGUGUGUGUCUCCCUGCAGAGCCUUGGGCCACUGUCAGUGUCCCAGCAGAGGCCUGGCAGGCUGGCAGAGCUCUUCUCCUGCCUGUGGUCCCGCUCGAUUCCUGCAGCAUGACCCUUCUAGCAGGGCUGAUCCCAGGGGAGGCUCUGCCCUCUGCACCCUCUGUCACUCGCGUCCCUGAGCCCCAGACCCGCCUCAGCCUCGCGCCUUGCUGGCUCUGUGGUAGGAAUUUGUUUCACAAGUGGUGGGAGGGAUAGGGAAAAGUUGUGUUCCCAGAAAGGGGUUGGUUAAAGCAAGGUUGUUACUCUGGGGUUUACUGUUUUUACGUGUAUUGCAUUAACCAGCAGCUGGUUUGGUUCCUUUGGUUGUUGGCACCAUAUUUUUAUGGUCAUGUGUUGUAUGAGUGACCUACCCUGCCACUUGUUGGGGGCUGGUGGGAGGCAUUGCUUCCAGGCAGCGCAGAAGUGAUGCUUUGGGCAAUUAAAGACAUUUCUUACAACCAU